UGGCGGCAAUUUAUUUUAUUUAAUAUUUUUACUUCCUUUUUUACCUAUUGUUGGAAAAUUUCAGAUAAUUUAUAUUCGAUUGAAGUAUACUUUAAUACUAUCUGAAAUAUAGGGGGGAAGUCAAAUUUUUCUUUAUCAUAUAUCACACGUGUUUUUGACAAUCACGUUUGAUGGCUGUUAGUAAACAAACUGGUGGAGGAAUUGGUCAAGAUGUGGAGCAGAAAUUUAUUAGUUUCGUGUAAUCUUAGGAAGCAUUUGUUACGUUCAACAUCGAAGAUCGCCGUUGAAGUCAAUCCUGAUGUUCAACGUCAACUGGAAAAUGCUGAACUCAAACCGCAGCACCAUCCAGGCAGAUGUAAAACUGGUAACAUCAUUCUACCUCCAUAUGUGGUGAAAGGGAUCACUCGUGCUAUCGGAGACUAUCCAAUUAAAACCCUCCACCGUGAAGCAGAAGCAAUGAACAAAUGCCUUUCAAGCCGCCAUCGACCGCCUGAAGAGGCAGAAAUCAAUCAAAAGGUAUCAGCAAUUCAACACGAAAUCGAAGCUGACAACCAAACACCGGACAUUUCAAUGCAUGAUCUUUCCGAAAAAGAAAGUGAAAAAUUGCGCAAACAACAAGCUCAAAGGAUACAGAAAGUCCUCAAAGAAAGAGUGGUUGCAUGGCGACCCAUGAGCUAUGGCCAUUUUGAAGCUUUGUUAUAUGCUUUAGGUCGCGGUUCUAUGGAGUACACAAUUCUUACUAAAAUUUUCAUGGAAAUAAUAAAACGUGACCCUCAAUUUAAACCACGAAGCUACUUUGAUUUCGGAUCGGGUGUGGGUACUGGUAUGUGGGCAGCGUCGAAUUUUUGGAAGAACACAAUUUUCGAAUAUUUCAACGUGGAUAGUUCACGAGAUAUGAACGAGCUUUCGGAUUUGAUACUGCGAGAGGGAAAUGAAAAUCAACAGUCGCUAUUGAAAAAUGUCUUCUAUCGACAGUUUUUACCAGCCACAGAGACAAAAUAUAAUUUGAUAAUAUCAUCAUUUUCACUUUUUGAGUUGCCUAACUCCCAGGCAAGGAAAGAAGUUAUUUUGAACUUGUGGCGUAAAUGUGAUGGUUACCUUGUCAUCAUCGAACAGGGUACCAGGGCUGGAUUCGAACUGGUUAGCGAGGCCAGGCAAUACAUUCUUAAACAAAAGAAACCCGAAGUGAAAGGACAUGUGUUUUCUCCGUGUCCCCAUGACCUCCCGUGCCCAAGAAGAACGAAUAAAACGGAUCGCACCCCAUGUAAUUUCGAAGUCUCUUACGACACUCUACCUAUUGGGGCCUUGGUCACAAAGAGGAAUUCGACUUAUAGCUAUGUUGUCCUCAAGGCAGGUGAACGCGAUUUAAAUGAUGAAUCAAACGACUGGCCUCGAAUUGUUCGGGAAACGUUAGUCAGAAAGAAACAUUCAAUCUGUCGUUUAUGUACGUCGGAAGGGAAUUUACAAGAAAUUAUUUUUACAACGUCCAAACAUGGAAAAUUUGCCUAUAAGUGCGCCAAGUCUAGUAAAUGGGGGGAUCGGCUACCGAUCAAAGUAGGCGAGAAAUUUGAAACGAAUGCGGUUAAUGACAACAAGGAUAAAAAUACUAGUCAAGGAAAUGAGGAUGAAAACAGAAUACAAGACAAUAAUCAGCCACCUGUAAACUAAUGGUGUUUUUUAAUGUUAAUAGGGAUGUGAUGUGUAUAUUUAUAGACAGUUAAGUGUACGAUAGCUUAUCUAUAG